GCCGGCGAACACAAGGACCGAGCAUUUUUGCCCGUAAUUGCGCCUCCCUUUUGCAUCUUCCGCCGCCCCCAUCAAGUAACAGCAGUGUCUACAAUCACACUCGCGCUCGCACGUCGCUUGCGUGCAUUAGCUGGUGAAGACUUCGAAGUGGUCGCUUCCUAUCAGCCAAAGGAGGACCGAGUGAUGCCUGAAGGACAUCUCCCUUCUGCGGCUCCGAGCCCGAUUGACUCAGGUGACGUAGUACCAGCAGCGUCCCACAGAGAGAGCGAUAGGAGGAAGACGGGGGGAAGCUCACCCUUAGAGAGCACGCAGGAUCGAGUUAUGGCGGGGUCUGUCGUCCGCGUUGGAGUUGCACAGAUGACGGCAACAGGAAAUCUCGAAGAUAAUUUUGCCACGUGCGUCAACCUUAUACGGGAAGCGAAAUCAAAAGGCUGCAAAUUUCUCAGCUUGCCAGAGUGCUUUUCAUUUAUUGGAGAGAAGGAGGGAGAGUCCCUCUCGAAGGCAGAACCACUUGAUGGCCCUCGUAUGGGACGGUAUCGACAACUUGCUCGUGACUUUUCCUUGUGGCUUUCUCUUGGAGGCUUCCAGGAGUCCGGACCCGAUCCUUCACACUUAUGUAAUACCCAUGUCCUCUUAGACGAGGAGGGUAGCAUCCGCGGAGUUUACAGGAAGAUACACUUGCAUGAUAAGAGUCUUGAGAAGUUGGAUUACGAUCUGGUUGAUUUCCUCAGCCAGUCCAUUGACCUGGGGGUGUCGACCAGGCGUCAUCUCGAGUUUCAUGUCGUAGGUCUGGGAGGGAAAGAGGUUGUGGUCGUUGAUAGCCCAGCAGGACGGUUGGGAUUGACUAUCUGCUAUGAUUUGAGAUUCCCAGAGUUGUAUCAACGGAUGAGGUUCAUCAACAAUGCAGAGGUUCUGCUAGUGCCAUCAGCAUUUACAAAAGCUACGGGAGAAGCUCAUUGGGAGGUCCUCUUGCGAGCACGAGCAAUCGAGUGUCAAUGUUAUGUAUUGGCAGCUGCUCAAGCAGGCAAGCAUAACUCAAAAAGGGAGAGUUUUGGCCACGCUCUCAUCAUUGAUCCUUGGGGAAAGGUUAUUGGACAGCUCGAAGGUCAGCUGGCCUUUUCUUCAGCAAUGUAUGGAGAAAAUGGGAGUAGGUCCCAACUUUCGCAAGAUUCCCAAGGGAAGCCGAGGACACUAACAGCUAGGGACACCARAUGGGGGAAUUGGUUGGAACACGGGGUCUGGCAGAUCAAGCACUUAUGGUCCCAGAAUGAUAAUAGAUGGAAGACAGGGAGGGAACUGAGAACCACGAUGAAAGGUUGUCAUAAGCUUACGGAGAAUCUAAAUGAUGUUCUAAUCUCCAUUCCGCAAGAAUGGACGCAGUUGUUGAGAGGGCCGUGCAAAUGGGAAUGGGGUGAUUGGGCGACCUGGCAUAUAAGUGCAGUUCCAGAGCWGGCCUUCCGGGUGCAGCAGGAAGUGGGCCCCGAUAAACAGUGGCUUGAUGCAGAGAUGUUCGUAAUUCGUAAUCCGGGAAUCACAGUGAGUCACCUGGAUAAGGAAUCCAAGACAGCAAUCACAGUUAAGAAGUGCCUGCUCAGGAAGAUCAGGGUGGUAGAGGAUGACGAAUUUACAGUAUUUGCACCCAUGGUGGCCAUUGAACAGUUGGAGUACGACCCGGCGGAAUGGGCAUGGAAUAUUAGGGGUGGAGAGACACGAGUGACAACGAAGAUUAACAUUCUCCGCUAUACAACGAGACUCGGUUAUAGGCUGAGGAGAAGAUCGACCCAUCUGGACCUUCCCCUAGCCUUAAGAUGGGAAAAGAGGGAGGGGAUACCAAGAGACCAGAGAGCCAAGAAGCAAGCGGAGAGGCAGGAAGAAUUAAAUCCAGAUAAAGCUAAGGAAAUAAUUAACAAGUUUUGGACUAAGGUUCUAGCAGGGGGCAAGGUGGCUUCAUUGGAAGGGAAAGCCUUGCGCUUCCAUUGGUUUAAGGACGAUCUCCAGGACCCGCCAUAUGAGUACGAGAAUGGGGACCAGGAGCUGGGACUACCAUAAACUGCGGGAGGGAGGAGUGAUCUGCAGAAGAAAUCACAAAGGGAGGGAUCCUCAGACCCACUUAAAAUAAAUCUAACUUCGCAAG